AGGACCUCGUUUGGGAACCUCUGCCGUACAUCCAUUAGGGCUGCUUCCAUAUACUUCCCAGGCUGCUUUUCAAUCCCAAUCCGUCCCUGUUAUGAUGCCCAUAACUACAAGUCCUCAAAAUCACUAGUGGAUUCUCUCUCCAGAUUACCAUUGCCUCCUAAACAUGGGCAGCCAAUAAAGGCCUGAUUAGUUGUGGGUGGGCUUAAAGAACAGAGCAAAGAUAAUGGAUGUAACUGGCUGUAACACAGCUUUUAGGUAUCCUAGAAAAGCCUUUCCUAAUACAUGAUGGGUAAAGGAAGUCGCGUAGUGAUUUGUGGACAGGCUGCAGUUGGAAAAACAGCUAUACUGGAACAAGUGCUGUAUGGAAAUCACACUGUUGGCCAAGAAAAUAGUGACACGUUGGAAGAUGUAUAUAUUGCUUCAGUGGAAACAGAGCGCGGUGUUAUAGAGCAGCUGCGGCUUUAUGACACACAAGGACUUCAGCAAGGCACAGAGCUGCCAAAACACUACUUCUCGUUUGCUGAUGGCUUCAUUUUGGUCUACAGCGUGGACAGCCUGGAAUCCUUUAGAAGAGUUGAGCAGCUGAAAAAAGAUGUGGACAGGUUUAGGGAUAAAAAAGAGGUAGUGACUAUUGUCUUGGGGAAUAAAGUGGACGUAGCAGAGUGCAGACAAGUGGACACUGAAAUGGUGCUGCACUGGGCAAGAGAUGAAAGAGUAAAAGUGUGGGAGGUGUCUGUUACAGACCGGAAGACCUUGAUCGAGCCAUUCACAGUGCUGGCUAGCAAACUCCAUCUCCAAAGCAAAUCCUCCUUCCCUUUGCCUGGGAGAAAAAGUAAGGGGACCCCAUCUACUGACAACUACUAAUUCAGAAGGUUGUACAUCUCUGGUAGAUCAGAAAACAAUAUCUAAGCUGGCAAUUCUGAGUUGUACUAGUUACUGUGCUUGAGCUGGUGUAUACUGACUGGUAUUGGCCGUUGUGCCUUAGUUUCAACAGACCAUACCAUGCCAGUUUCACCUAGGUUUUUUUUUUUUCUUCUUUCUUUUGUGUGACAUUUUAUCCCUGGCAAUAACUGAGUGCUGCUGGCAUGGUGUUUCCCCGCUCUUCAAAGAUGGAGCAAUGGGAGAACAAAAUAGCGUUCGGUAGAAAGUGAUAUUUAUGCUUCAUAGGACUCUCAAACAUUGUACAGUGAAUACAGCUCUAUGUAUCUGCUCCCUACAAGAGAGAUUGUUCCUUCUUUUCACAGCAUGGAACUGCUGCUGGUUGUGGUGUUUAUCCUGCUGGAUUCGGCGUGGCAUCUCCUGCCACCACACCCAUGGACUGCAUCAGCCAAUAGUGCCUCUUUGAAAUUAUGUAUCAUAUGCUUUUAUCAUUCCAGUCAUCUGUCUUCAUCUGUAAAAUUUACCAAAUGUGAAUAAAGUUUUCACUUUGUAA